AUGAGCUCGAAGGGCAGAUACACCGGUGAAUCUUCGCGGUCUACAUAUCCUAGUAGACGCUCCUAUGACUAUUCCGAUUCCGAAUCAUCAGAUGACACCUCUUCAUCGUCAUCCGAAUCGGACUACCGCCAUAAUCCCCAAAGGAAAAGGAGGUCAUCAUCAGCUCGACGGCAAUAUACUUCCGAUAAGUUGAAGGGACUGACUAAAGCACCUCAGAACCAACCUGUCAGACGAAGGCGAGCGGCUUCAGAAUCCAGGGCCCGAAGUAAAAGACAUUUUGAUUCAGAUAGUUCGAGCCAAGGUGACUCCAGCUCAGAAAGUGAUUCUGAAUCGGAUGAUUCAUCCUUGGAAGAAAACUCAUCUGGGAGGCGCUCCAAGGUUGACAUGAGCGUCGCUUCCUCGAGCUAUCAUAAACGUCCUAAAACGAAGCUGGAAAAGAAAGUAGAUGAGGUCUUGGACGCCUUCGGUCUAUUACAUAUCAAAAACAACCCCUCCAAGCGGCAACUAUCUUCACCUGACCCGGAAAAGUACGCCAAACAAAAGCAAGCCCUCCAGGCUGCUGUCACUGCCGCGGCCAUCGAGGCGUGGAGAAGUCAUUCGAAACCUGGAGGCUUCAAUCUACAGAAGGUCAUACGAGUGCUUGUCGCUGGUAUUGCUGCUGGAGGUGUGGAUGUUUUGGUGGAGAAUAGACCAGGGCACGACAAGAUGAGAGAUAUCGCCGAGGCUGUAGUGGGCGGCCUGGCCACGAGUAAGACCUUGGGAGGAAAAAUUACACAUAGAAGGGAAGGUGGGGCGCAAGGAACGAUGAUUGAUGGCUUUAUCGCCCUGGCUGCGAGCAAAAUGGUCAAGCCGCCCAAAAAGGAUGAGAUUGAGUGGAGGAAGAAGAAAUACGCUAAAAGAUCAAGAAGCAUGGAGCCGUCGAAGCAAAAACAGUCGAGCCCGCGCAAGCGGUAA